CCCAAGUUUCUUCUUCUCCUCCUCCUUUCCAAACAAGAAAACAGAAAAAGGACGAAGAACAACAAAGAAGGGGUGUUCUCAAGUGUAUCAACAAUGGCGCCGGUGGGAUUGCCUCCGGGGUUCAGAUUCCACCCGACCGACGAGGAGCUGGUGAACUACUACCUCAAGCGCAAGAUCCAUGGCCAGGAGAUCGAGCUCGACAUCAUCCCUGAGGUCGAUCUCUACAAAUGCGAGCCCUGGGAACUAGCAGAGAAGUCGUUUCUGCCGAGUAAGGACCCGGAGUGGUACUUCUUUGGGCCGAGGGACCGGAAGUACCCGAACGGGUUCAGGACGAACCGGGCGACUCGGGCCGGGUACUGGAAGUCGACGGGAAAGGACAGGAGGGUGAUGAGCCAGGGUCGGGCCAUCGGGAUGAAGAAGACACUGGUUUACUACAGAGGGAGGGCUCCUCAGGGGAUACGGACCGACUGGGUCAUGCACGAGUACCGCCUCGACGACAAGGAGUGUGACGAUUCGUCCGCCGGCCUCCAGGAUUCGUACGCACUAUGCCGGGUGUUCAAGAAAAACGGCAUAUGCUCCGAACCGGACCAAGAAUACCUCCAUCAAAACCAACAACAAAGGCAAUACUACAGCAGCAACAGCAGCCCUACCAACACCACAACAAGCCCUAGUAUGAUAUCGUCGUUAAUGGAGACCUCUCCCACCGCCGGCGGCAGCCUACACACUAACAAUAACGUUCACCUGAGCAUGAUGAAUGACUACGAGACCAUGUCGCCGGACGUCGUCCCCAUCAACGCCUCCUCGUCGUCUUGCCUCGAAGACGACGACAAGGACGACUCCUGGAUGCAGUUCAUCACCGACGAUCCAUGGUGCGGCGGCGGCGGGAAUAAUGCUGCCGCCGGUGGAGAAGAGGUUUCGUAUCAGCCGCCGCAUCAUAACUAUCAUCAAGUCAGUAACAACACCGCCACCGCCACCUUCACAGACUGAUUAAUUUUUAUGACUGCAGGGGGUAUAAUUAAUUGGUGGAUUAAUUAAUUGAUUAAUUAAAUCAAUUUGACUUUUGGUUAUACAAAAUUUACAAUAACUAAAAGGAAGAACAGGUGCAUCUUGAUCAAGAUGAUUAGGGGGAAAAAAUAUUUCUUCAAGUGUUUGAUUAUUUUCGAUUUAUUGGGAUAUCUCAUGAUUAGGCUUCUUGUUAAUCUAAUUGAAGUUGUUCUGCAUUUGUUCUAAUUUUCUUAGUUUUAGGGUUUGGUUUGUGGAUGUCCUGGUGGUGUUUGCCUAAUCGAGCCAGUUUAUGCGUUGGCUCGAUAUUUCUUUUUUAUGGGUUUUAUUUUUGGAUAUGUGGGAUGUUAUAUGUACUCUCUUUUCCG